UCACGGGGAGGGCGCUGGUGUACGUAACUGGCGGCACAGUAGUGCGAUAGAUACCUUGAGGUUAGGAAUUGUCGCGGAGAGGGAAGGAAGGCCUCCGCUGCAUCGAGUGUUAGAUAAUAUCCUUGACAAUGGCAGGCGUUUUAAAAAAGACCACACGAUUGACAGGAUUGGCUGUCGCCCAGCAUCCUCAAAUGGACUUGUCUACAGUGUACAAGAGAAUUUUGCGAGUGUUGGAGAAGUUCCCGAAGGACAGCACCUACCGAGUGGAAACGGAGAAAGUCGUCAAAGAUAGAUUGAAGAUCGUGAGGGAGAACAACGAUGUUCAAACCAUAGAAAACAAGAUAGCUUGCGGACAAGUCGAGGAGCUUCUACUGCAAGCGAAGAGUGAGAUGCGGCUGGCCGAGAAGAUGCUGGAGUGGAAACCGUGGGAGAAAUUGAUGCAGGAAGCACCGCCUAAUCAGUGGACGUGGCCGCCACACAAGUAAUUUUAAUUUGUAAUACGUAUAUACAUAUAUAUAUAUUUGUACAUAGUGCGUAACUGAUGUCAGUACGAAUAAAAUAUAAAUAGCGCAAUAUACAGACGAUCAAGUUUCAAGUGAUA